CCGCAGCCGCCUCCCGCCGACCCGGAAGUUGUGCUUGCGACCUCCGCUUUCUUCCUCCCACAAUCCUUCGCGCUUCUCCUUUUCGACUUGGGCCCGGCAGGAUGGCUCCCGCAAAGAAGGGUGGCGAGAAGAAGAAGGGCCGUUCUGCCAUCAACGAAGUGGUGACCCGAGAAUACACCAUCAACAUUCACAAGCGCAUCCAUGGAGUGGGCUUCAAGAAACGUGCCCCUCGGGCACUCAAGGAGAUCCGGAAAUUUGCCAUGAAGGAGAUGGGAACUCCAGAUGUGCGCAUUGAUACUAGGCUCAACAAAGCUGUCUGGGCCAAAGGAAUAAGGAAUGUCCCUUACCGGAUUCGUGUGCGGUUGUCCAGAAAACGUAAUGAGGAUGAAGAUUCACCAAACAAGCUCUAUACUUUGGUUACCUACGUACCUGUUACCACUUUCAAAAAUCUACAGACAGUCAACGUGGAUGAGAACUAACCACUGACUGUCAAAUAUAACAAAUAAAGGGAAACAGUCCAGUCCCCUCCUGCCUCCUCAGGAAAUGCCUGGGAGUCCUGGGGAGUCUUCCCGGUGUCCGCAAAGACCGAGUCCUGCUCCGGAGAAGGCGCUGAAGCCUGCAGCUCCUCCCCGCACUCCUGGGAGCAGCUCCCAGAGCUGCUGCUCCGCUGCCCCACCUCCCCGAUCUGCAGCAGCAGGGUGGUGACUGUGGCGAUGGCUUGAUACAAAUCGUUUUCUUCUGGAUCUUCGUGGAACAUACUGUACAAAGUUUUACAGAACUGGAUAAAUUCUCUCUGAAAUUAAAAAAAAACUCUGUAUUUAGCAGCAGAACCAGGAUAUGGAAAUACAUGUUUUUUAAAACUUUA